CUGUUUUGUUCAGGUGGUUUUAAUGUUAUGGCUGAUUGGUAAUUUAAUGUUUCUUCUGUAGUCUAAUUAUAAUUUAGUGAUGUUUUUAGAAUCUAAUAUACAUCCAAUACCCAAAUACUAGUGAUGUGUCGUUCAUGAACGAUUCGUUCAUUUUGAACGAAUCUUUAAUAUGAUUCGAGAACAACGAAUUGUCUCAGAGAGUGAUUCGUUCAUUUUUGACCGCGCAUGCGCAGCAACAUUUCCAUCGGUUCUGUACCGGAAACAGAAAUGAUUAGUUCAACGACUCGAACCUGAAGACUGGAGGGUUGAACUAAUCAUUUCUGAUUCCGGGGAACAGACAUGACAAAAGAAAGAACGACUCGGAUCUCUCUCAUCAUUCGACAUUGGUUGCAUUUUAGCCUAUAGGUUAUUAUGUACUAUGUGAGCUUGGAAUUAACCAUGUAACAUUUUAAUUAUAUUCUGCUGAACCUCGUUCAGCAAAAUGAAUGAUUCUUUUUUUCGAGUCAUUUUGCUAGAGAUAACGAGAUUCAAAGAUCCGAGUCAGUAAAAUGAUCCGAACUUCCCAACACUACCAAAUACACACCAGCCCAGCAAGUCAAGAGGAAAAAGCAGGUCUGAAAAUCCCGCAAAUGUUACAACAUAACUUGUGAGAAAUAAGGGGGAAACAGCGCUGGAAGUUGUAGAUCUCAGGGUGCAGCAGUGUGUCGGAAAUACGACAAGAGAAACCCCGCCUUCCUGCUCAGUCUACACUGAAAACACAAGUCAUAUAAUGGGCGGAGCUUCCUGAUGUGUUAGAUUCUUCACCGGUUUCCGUCUCUAAAACAAAAACAUGUCGAAAACACAAACAAAGCUAAAAUCAUUCAAAGUGAGGCGAGCUGGAGAGGCGAAAAAAUUCGGUGUGGCGGCAUCUACUCUGAAAGAACUGAUCAAAAAAGCAUGCGGUCUACUUCAGAUGUCUGCGUCGAAGGUACAGUGUUGUUUGUAUGAGGACGGGACGGUAGUGACAGAAGAUUAUUUUCUACAUCUUCCCGAAAACACCGAGUUAGUUCUACUUCCGGAUGGACAGAGCUGGAACGGAAUGGUAUAUGACCUCAGCCAAAUCCUCGGGCUGGACAGACACUCAGAACAGCUGAUCGACGCAGCUCAACAGCUACUGACUGAUGAGCAUUCAGCUAAAAGGAGAAAAAUCCUCAGUGAGCUCCUGUGUAAUCUGAAAGAUCAUGCAGAGCUGGAGAAUAGGGAAGAUGAUGAGGACUGGUUUAAAGGGAUCGACUUAAGAUUUAAGACCAAGUCCUCAUACAUGAAGCACAACUGUGAGCAAAGAAUACGGUCAUACUUGAAAGAGGUGGACAGCCAUGCUCGCACUAUUCAGAACUCUAAGCAGAAAAGUGAAUAUCAGAAGGUGGCAGCCAGCAUGGCAGAAAAGCUGAAAUCCAUGCACUAUCAUGGCACUUACUUUGACAGAAGAGAAAAAGAGCUCCAUCGACUGUGCACUAAAGAGGGCUGGUUCUCCUGCCAGGGUGCCUUUAAUCUGGACCAGUGUGAAUCUCUCCACUCAAUAAACCCGUAUGGGAACCGUGAGAGUAGAAUCCUUUUCAGCACCUGGAAUCUGGACCACAGGAUCGAGAAGAAGAGAACCAUCAUACCCACUCUUGUCAAGGCACUUCAAGGUAAAAAGAGCAGUGAUAUAAACCUGGACUAUUUCUACAAGCUGCUAUUCACAAGAGAAAAUCUCAAGCUGGUUCACAUCGUCUGCCACAAGAAGGGAGCGCAUGACCUGGCAUGUGACUCACGGCAAAUAUACAGACGAGUUAAAAGGAAUUGAAGGUGAUAGUGAUAACAUCAUGACUAGAGUCACCGUAGAUAACACAAGAGAAUUGUGAUUUUCUGUCCAGGGAAGAGAAUAGAACAUUUUUUAAAUGAUUUUCCUAAUGUUUUUGAGGUGUGAUUUAUAUUUCCCCAGUUGAUCAUGUUUUAAAAAAUAAGUAUUUUCUUUUAAACAAUGUACACUUUUUAUAUUGUUUUAAAAUGUGAAAUUAAGGAAUGAUCCUUGUGAAUUUAUGCAUGCUGAUUGAACAAUGUUGAACAAACUUUGGUGCACUCAGGUUUUUGAGAAAUGUUUACCAGUGUAACAUUUUUGUACCUUAUGUGUGAAAGAUUCCUUAUGGUGUGUUUUUUUUUUAUGAGAGUCUCUUUUUGGGUACUUAUUUAAUUCUAUGAAAUUCAUGUUUUCUACAUUAGUUGGUACCAGAAUAUAUUUUUAUUAACUUUUUUUUAAUGAAUCCAAAUAGUUCUGGUUCUGUUUCAACUGCCAGUCCACCAGAACAGUGAAAAAGAGUGAGCCAAAUAUUCAGCAAAAUACCCAUUAAAAAUGUAUUGCUGUGUAAUUUGAGUAGUGUCUAUUUCAUGAAGCACUUUAAGGCUUGGGUAGAAUAACAGCUUUAUUACUACAAAAAAGACACACAGGCCCUUUCAUAAGCCACAACAAUUCCAUUUAAUGUCAUGCUGUUCUCAAAUCAAUAAACAUCAGUCUGGACGUAAUUUGUAAGUCAGAGUAAUACAGAAUGUACUUAACAUUUAAAUAUUAACAUUGUAUAAACAAAGCAUUUGGUAACAAAAU